AUGAAGAUCACUACACUCACGUCUAUUUCUCUCGCUGCGGUAAUCGCGAUCGUGGCAAAAGCAGAUACCGCCGCACCAUCAGAUGGUCUCUUCAGAAUCCCAAUUAUCAAGAGUGAGAUUUCUCAACGUGCGCGCGAUUCAAGACAGUCGUGGUACGUUACUCUCCGCAAGUAUGGACUAUCCCGAACCAAGAGCGAGAUGGAGUCUCAGGCAGUCUCUGCAGUACCAUUAAUCGACUACUACGGACUGGUCGAUAUCGGCACUCCUCCUCAGACGCUCAAGCUGCAGUUUGACACAGGGUCCUCGCGAUUCGUCAUCUCUACGACAGAAUGCCCGGUCUGCUCAGGGACGGCGCCCUUCAAUCGCGCACUCUCCAGCACCUUCCGUGCAGGAGUGCAGCCCUGGAAUAUCCGUUAUGGCGAUGGAUCCUUCGCCAAAGGUGUUAUCGCAGAGGACAAGGUCACUCUUGGUAAUAUCAAUGUCCAAAACCAAAAGCUGAACCUGGUGCAGACCGAGAGCGUCAACUUUGACGACACUGUCGACGGUGUGAUGGGCCUCUCCUUUGGCGCCAUCUCCGGAAGCACGACGGUGUUUGAGAGCAUGCUUGAGCAAAAGUUGGUCGACCAGGGCGUCUUUUCGUUCUUCUUUGGCAAGCGGGCCAUCAACGGCGGAGGCGAGGUGAUCUUUGGCGGAGUGGAUAUGGACCGGAUCGAGCCAGGGAACGUGAUCACCUACACGAAUGUUACUGAGGCAACUCACUGGAAUAUCGACGUGCAGGACUUUAUCAUGAACGAUGGAUCCUUUGCAAAGGACAAGAACACGACACCCAUCCGAUCAAUCGUGGAUACAGGAACGACGUUGUUGGUUGGACCCGAGGACUGGGUUCGCUGGUACCAUAGUCAGAUCCCCAAGUCACGCAAAUUCCGAAAGACGUGGGUGGUCCCUUGCAAGGGCCAUAGCAAGCUGUCGGUGGUGAUUGAGGGCAAGGCGUUUACGGUGCCGUACGAGGACUUGACGAGGGAGUAUAUUGGGUUUGGGUUGUGUUUUUCUGCUGUGCAGACGAGUUCGGCGGAUUAUUUGAUCCUAGGGGAUGUGUUCUUGAAGAACAACUAUGUGGUAUUUGACCAGGCGGAGAAGCGUGUUGGGUUUGCGCCAUUGAAGACCGAGGCCAGGGAGGUGACGGUUACUGUUGAUACCGAGGACGAGGAUGCAGCAUCCAGCCGUGUGCAGGAGGAACUUUAG